GAGGGCUACUCAGUCUGUCUGCCCUCUCCCGCUCAAAGACGCCCUCUCCCGGCCACACGGCGAGCACACAGCCGCUGCUUCUCUCCGGCGCCACUCCAUCCACGCACAUCCAGGACUCACUCGCGGUCCUCCUGCCAGUGUGAACGCCAGCCGGAGACCGAGGAGGAGCAGCUUCACCGGGCGACCCAAGCCCGCAGAAACCCCUCCUCCGCCCCCCCAACACACACAAGGACAACAGCCACGGAGGCUUUUUUCUUUUUCACGGGUUCGACUCCAAAGUGACCGCACCGACCAAGUUGCCAGAGCGGAAGAGUUGCGCGAACAAGCCGCGCGGCCGCCACGACGCCGUCGACAUGGAUAAAGUUGUCGGGUGUUGGUUCUCCGCCAUCACGCUAUUGCUGUCCGCCAGAGGAGAAGUUUUUAAAGGCGACUGCAACUUUGCCAAGCCGCUGGCAGCAUGUGGUUACAGCCAAGGCAGAGACGACGACCUGGACUGGGAGCAGGUCAAUACCAGAGAAAAGCCUUCCUUCGAUCCAUGGAUGCCCUCAGGUUCCGCCUUCAUGAUGGUCAACACGUCGGGACGUUUCUCCGGACAGAAGGCCUUACUGCUGACCCCCCAGCUGAGGGAGAACGACACCCACUGCGUUAUUUUCCACUACUACAUCGGCGGCAGGGACAACAGCCACCCGGGCCACCUUAACAUCUACAUCAAGGAGAACAACAGUCCCAUGGGGAUGCCCGUUUGGAACAUGUCCGGCCCGGCGACCUGCUCCUGGGCUCAGGUGGAGCUGGCCGUCAGCACCUACUGGCCCAACUUCUACCAGAUUGUGGUUGAGGCCGUAACCUCCGGGCAGCACGGCUUGCUGGCCAUCAAAGACGUCCUGGUCCAAGGCCACCAGUGCAUGAAUACGCCACACUUCUUGACGAUAAAGGGCGUGGAAGUGAACGCUGGGCAGACCGCGUCUUUUCAUUGCACCGUCAACGGACGUAAGCGGGACAAUUUUCGCCUCUGGCUUCAGGGCAUGGGUGGACGGGAGGCCCCCAUGAAGACCACCAAACCUUGGAACAACCGCCGCUUCAUCGGCACCUUCGAUGUGGAGAACACCACCAAGGGCGACUCGGGACGCUACCGCUGCAUCGUGCACUCGGACAAAGGGGUCGGGGUGUCCAACUAUGGAGAGCUGAUCAUAAAGCGUGAGUACUGA